AUGGAAUGGGGCGCCACCUUAGCGGUUGUUGCGCUUAAAUCUACUGUUCAGCUUUUGCAAAGCAAAAGUGAAAGGAAAUCACCUGACGAGAUUGAUGCCACGACAAUGAUCUCGCCAUGCUACCAACAACGGAUUGUCAUAAAGUCGACGUAUAGAUGGUUCCAGGACGAAGACGGGCGCCAGUUACCGUUCUCUCUUCUCUCGGACACAAAGAUUUUUCAAGCCCCUCACUCAGGCGACCACCUGGUUAAACGUAUCUCUUUUGAAGAGGCUAAGCGCCGGUCUACGGCAGGAUACUGGGGACUACAACUUGAUGCGUUGACCAUCGAUUCAGUACACAAUAUCAUUCAAGGCAGUCGACAGUUGGCAACGAUUAUCCACUCGAUUUUCAACCCAGGAUAG